GAAUUGAAAACAAAUUUUUUUAAUACUCGAAAGAUGAUAAGUCGGAGAGAGUAAUGACGCACAGAAACAUUUAACGUAUAUCAGUUCUUUCAAAGAUCCAUCGGUAAGAGUGCACAUGUCCCACGAGUUAGAUCAGUACGCACUGUAUUUUAUAAUAAGGUGAUAAGUGCGAUCGAACCGAUUAGUCCAUCUAUCUGAAGCGAAGUGUCGACACUGUUGUGAUCAGAAUCGAGGAACUCCUCCUAGUUGUGAUCAGAAUCGAGAAACUCCUCCUCCAAGCAUCAUCGGAUUAAGUCGCAUACUGGAAAUUUAAGAUGAUAAACAAUUAUUAAAGAAAAUUUUAAUGAAAAAUUUUUAAUUUGUUAUACAUUGGAUUGCGGAUGUAUUAUGAUCGAAAAUUAAAUCUUAGAAUUUGAGAGACACUGGUUUUCUUAUAAAUCGAUACGGAACCGUUGAUUUUCUUGGAGGAUAUUACUAAUCGCUUAAAGUGUAAGAAAAAGUUGCUCUCAUUUAGUCAUGAGUUCUGUUAAAGAAACUUUAAACGUUAAAGAUUUUGGUGUUGCCAACGACCUCCACGACAAAGAUGAAGUGAUCAAUCCAAACUCGUUUACGGAUGUUUUACAUGAGACAAUUACUGAAGUAUUACACAAAAGGACACAGGAAAUGAGAGAUGAUGUUUUGGAUUUUAUUAACUACCGUAUUAACAACAUGAUGAGCGAAGUUUUGCAGAAAAUUGAAGUACCUUCGGCAAAAAAUGGGAAUUUGUUGCACAGCACUGCGUAUCGUGACAAAAACAAAAAAGAUGAGCUACCAGAUAAGGAGUUUCUUGCGAGGAACUCAUUGUUCACCGAUCUCUUCGAAGUCUCUCACAUUCGCACAGUUUACAAUCUGUUCAUGGUUAUCUUCAUACUUCUGUUUAUCAACACCGUCGCAUUUGACAUAAUGGAUUCAGGAACGAUCCUACUCGGUGCCAAUACGUUACAAAUUUGUUUCGCAAAGUUCUCAACCUUUUUAUAUAUUUGGACGUUCAUGCAGGCUUCAACACUCAGUGUCUACAUAGCCUUCAACCUUUGGGCGUACCAGCGACUCCGAUUCUUACCAAAAUCCUCCAUCCAAAAAUAUUGGGAUUAUGGCUGGCUGUCAGCGUUUAUAGCGUAUGAAGUUCUCUUCUUCUAUUUCCCUAUCAAAGCAAUAUUUGAUGAAGAACUUAUCUCUAUAGGUUGCACUACGCUGGUUAUUGAAGAACAAUUACGCUUGAUGAUGAAGAGUUGGGCUUUCGUCAGGAGCGCGGCACCCAGAUUUUUGUCGUACAAACCCCACAGCGAAUCUCCACAACCUAGCAGCCCCAAAUUCUCACAAUAUUUGUACUUUCUAUUCGCACCGACUCUUGUAUACCGUGACGAAUAUCCUAGGACAAAAAGAAUUAGGUGGACGAUGGUAAUUUGGAAUUUUGUUGAAGUCGUCAUUGCGUUCAUGUUUUUCAUCUUUAACAUAGAACAUCUCGUAUUACCUGUUUAUUACGCGUUCGAUGUACAACUGGAAAUAAAAUGGUUUUUCAAGAAUAUCAUCAAAUUUAGUAUCUCCGGCAUUUUGACCUUCAUCACCGGACAAUAUCUUUUUCUACACGCGUGGAUGAACGCCUGGGCAGAAAUGCUGCGAUUUGCUGACCGAUUAUUUUACAGGGACUGGUGGAAUAGUACGACUUAUGCCCAGUAUUACCGCACGUGGAACAUAGUUGUGCACGACUGGUUGUACACGUAUAUCUACAAGGACAUGUACGAGAUUGUUGUGCCGCGCAAUCGAAUGCUGUCAGCCGCUGCCGUAUUCUUUGCAUCCGCUGUCGUUCACGAAUACGCACUCACGUUCAUAUUCCGUUUCUUCUAUCCGGUAAUACUUAUCUUAUUUGGCGGCGUCGGCUUCGCCUUUUUUUUCGUCCGCAAGUACAUCACCAGCAAUGUUUUUAUGUGGAUGUCUUGGACCCUUGGCACCGGCAUUAUGGUUUGCUUAUACACGAUGGAGAUCUACGCCCGAUGGAACAAUUGUUCACCUUACCCCAAUUAUUAUCUAGAUUUACUCAUACCGCGAAGUUGGAGCUGUUAAGAGUAGUUUAAUCCGUAGAUUGUGCCAUUCGCGUUGACAGUAAAAUCUUAUUAUGAGACGAUAUAUUUUCCUAUGCUUUACCCUUAAAAGAAAAGAACUAAUAAAAUGUUUCAAUAAAUUAAUUGAUGAAACAUAUAUUAUCAGUUAGUAAUACAGUGAUCAGUUAAUUGAAACAUUUUGUUAGGUUUUUUCUUUAAUAUCAUUAGUUAUUGAUAUAACAAAUAAUAUUUAUUGAAUUAUUUUUUCUUCUGGCUGGUAUUAAAGACUAUUGAUGAAGAUUGUUGCUA